CCAUUGUGCUUUUGAUCUUCCAGUCAAUACUUCUGCCACUUGGGCGGCUGUUAACCAUCGGUUUGUCCUGGAAUUAUGCUUUCUGCUUGAAACUGGCUUUUCUUUUUACCUUGGGCUUCUGGAGCCGUUGAGAAGCGUGUGAUUUGAGAGAUUGUCUGAAGCUAUUCCAGUACAUAACAGAGUGAAGCACCUAUGUCAUGACGGAGGCCAGUGACCAUACAAAUGACCCGCUUCAGCAGCUUAAUAGCCUGAUUUCAAAAGCCGAGCUAUUUAGCAAAAUUAAGUCCACGGGUGCUGCUAGUGCCAAGGCUCUUACUAGUCCCUUGAAAGCUGCUCCAGAGCUCCUCGUUCAUUCACCGACGUCUGAUGCGGCUGGCGAUCAUCGUCACAGGCGUACCGAAAGAGAAGAGGAUGAAGAACUCUUAACGGAAACUAAGAAAGGUGUCAUUGCUAUCCAACGCUUUGAAGCUUCUCCUUUUUUUGUAAAAGGUGGAGAAAUGCGUGACUAUCAAAUUCGAGGCCUCAACUGGAUGAUUCAGCUGUACCAUGAUAAUAUCAAUGGCAUUUUGGCCGAUGAAAUGGGCCUAGGAAAAACUUUGCAAACUAUCUCCAUGUUGGGUUACCUCAAGCAUUGCCGCCAUAAGUCAGGACCUCAUCUUAUCAUUGUACCAAAGUCAACUCUGAUGAAUUGGAUGAAUGAGUUGAAACGAUGGGUCCCCACAUUGCGUGCUGUCUCCAUCAUUGGGAGUCUGGAGGAACGUGCUGUUCAUAUCCGCGAUGAAAUACUAUCUAAAGAUUGGGAUGUCCUCGUCACGAGCUACGAGAUGUGUAUCAAGGAGAAGAGCGUGCUUCGGAAAUUUCACUACAUUUACCUCAUCAUUGAUGAGGCACAUCGAAUAAAAAAUGAGAAGUCCAAAUUAUCGGAGAUCGUACGCCAGUUUCGAUCACAGAAUCGUCUUCUCAUUACUGGGACUCCAUUGCAAAAUAAUCUGCACGAAUUAUGGUCCUUGUUAAAUUUCCUAAUGCCUGAGUUAUUCGCCUCUUCGGAUAUGUUUGAUGACAUGUUCAAAAUGAAUUCUGAACAAGAAAAGGAUCUCGUUCAUCGAUUGCAUUCGGUUCUGAAACCGUUUUUGUUACGCCGGAUCAAAGCUGACGUGGAGAAAAAGCUGCCACCGAAAAAAGAGUGCAAGAUAUACAUAGGAUUAUCCAAAAUGCAACGUGAGCUAUACACAAAAAUCCUCAUGAAGGAUAUCGACCUUGUAAACUCCACUGGACACAAAGCAGACCGUGUCCGUCUUCUUAAUAUUCUGAUGCAGCUGCGGAAGUGUUGCAAUCAUCCUUAUCUUUUUGAUGGGCUUGAACCCGGGCCUCCGUUCACCACCGAUCAACACUUAGUUGACAACUGUGGUAAAAUGAUGUUGUUGGACAAGCUUUUGGCCAGAUUAAAGGAGCAAGGCUCACGGGUCCUCAUCUUCAGUCAGAUGACACGCAUGUUGGAUAUUUUGGAAGACUAUUGUUUGUGGCGAGGCCAUGAGUAUUGCCGAUUGGAUGGGAGUACGAAGCAUGAAGAUCGACAGGUUUAUAUUGAUGAGUACAAUCGUCCCUCUUCCACCAAAUUUGUCUUCAUGCUGUCCACUCGCGCUGGUGGCUUGGGUAUCAAUUUGGCCACUGCUGAUGUCGUCAUUAUUUAUGACUCUGAUUGGAAUCCGCAAGUCGAUUUACAGGCCAUGGACCGUGCUCACCGGAUUGGGCAAACAAAAACCGUCCGUGUGUUCCGUAUGAUCACCGAAAACACGGUGGAAGAGCGAAUCAUAUUGCGCGCUGAGAUGAAACUGCGCUUGGACAAUUUGGUCAUUCAACAAGGUCGUUUGGUAGAACAAAAGGCCAACCAACUUAAUAAGGAUGAUGUGUUGGAUAUGAUCAAAUUUGGAGCAAAUUACAUUUUUCGCAGCAAAGAUAGUGAUCUCAAAGAUGAGGAUAUUGACAUUAUUCUUGCUAGAGGCGAGCAACGUACGGCUGAAAUAAAUGAGAAGUUGGCCAAGCUGGGGGAAUCAAACUUGCGCUCUCUCAAAUUCGACACACCCGACGAAAGUGGCGCCGCGUAUUCUGCGUAUUACUUCGAAGGGGAAGAUUAUCGCGAAAAGCAUCAAAAGGGAUCAGGGAUUGAGGGCUGGAUUGAACCUCCGAAGCGCGAGCGUAAGGCCAACUAUGCCGUGGAUGCCUAUUUUCGUGAAGCCCUUCGUGUUUCUGAGCCAAAAGCACCAAAACCUCCACGACCACCGAAGCAACCAAACGUACAAGACUUUCAAUUCUUUCCUCCGCGGCUUUUCGAACUUUUGGACAAAGAAAUUUACGCCUUUAGGAAGAGCAUUGGAUAUAAAGUCCCUCGGAGUGCGGAUGGAAACCCGGACUUAGAGCGUGAACGUAUGGAGGAGCAGAUGCGUAUCGAUGAGGCUGAGCCGUUAAAUGAAGAGGAAGUCGCCGAAAAAGAAACCUUACUUACACAGGGAUUUACGAAUUGGUCCAAGCGUGACUUCCAACAAUUCAUAAAAGCGAACGAAAAACACGGCCGUGAUGAUCUCGAAGCGAUCUCUUUGGAUGUCGAAGGCAAGACUCCCGAAGAAGUGAAGCGAUAUGCCCGGGUAUUCUGGACCCGAUGUAACGAACUUCAAGAUGUGGAUAAGCAUAUGGCUCAGAUCGAACGAGGCGAGGCAAAAAUCCAAAGGCGCGCCGCUGUUAAACGGGCAUUAGAUCUGAAAAUGGCUCGAUACCGUGCCCCUUUUCAUCAGUUGCGCAUUCAAUAUGGAACAAACAAAGGCAAAAAUUAUGUGGAAGAAGAGGAUCGCUUCCUAAUUUGUAUGCUUCACAAACUCGGCUUCGACCGGGACAACGUGUAUGACGAUCUCCGUUUGGCUGUUCGGUUGGCUCCACAGUUCCGAUUUGACUGGUUCCUUCGAUCUCGCACAGCCAUGGAACUUCAACGACGAUGCAGUACUCUAAUCACCCUCAUUGAACGGGAAAUAUGCGAUAUGGAUGAUCGAUCUAAACAAUCUCGUGCAGUAAGUGGCCCCAAUCAAACUGGUCCAGUGUGUGCCGGUGUUCCCGGCGGAGGUGCCGGCGUUGGAGGGCCUAAACGCAAGGCUCCAUCCACCCUAACCGGGAGCGUUACUGAGGGCGGAGUCGCAGAUGGGAAGAAGAGAAAAACCGCCCCUUCGUAGCUUUCCGCUGCGCUUAUCUGACUUGCAUUUGUCCUUCUCUGGCGACCCAAAUGUUCCAGCUCUACUUCAGAUAUCUGUACCCGGAAUGCUUUAGAUGUGGUGUACUCAUUUUAUACUGUUACCUUUGUGAAAUAAACAUCUUACUUCAUCUUG